AUGCCUCCAGUCACACGCGCCGCCAAGGCCCGCCAGGAAGCCAUCGCCAAGGAGAACAACAAACCGAUCGCAAAGAGGAAGGCGGCCCGAAAGAAGGCCCAGAAGGGCCCCUUGGUCGAGGAGACGCCGGCAAAGAAAAAAGCUGCGGGCAAGGCGGCCCAGUCUGCUGCGGGAACCAAGACCACUGCUGGUAGAGCCACGAAGAAGAAGGCUGCUGGCAGCGCGGCGGAGAAACAGGCCGAGCCACCUGCUUCGACACCGUCUGCACCGGCGGCGGCUGCGGUCAAGGCCAAAUCUACGCCCAAGCCCGCGCAGGCAGUAAAGGGCAAUCCGACCGCGGAGAAGCUGGUGGCACCAAAGAAGCCAGCCACGGAGAAGCCAGUGUUAGCAAAGAAGCCCGCCGUCGAGACCGCCAAGCCAGGUCCGCAGCCCGCCAAGCGCAGAGUCGCUGCCAACCCGGCACCAAGUAACAGGGCCCGAUGCAAGAGAGUCAGAUGGACUGCGACAGCCACCGUGGCGCAGGCCGAACCUCGCUGGGCCAAGAAGAGCAAGGAUGACGACGAAGACGAGGAGGAGAGUGACGAUGAGGUCGAGGAUGAGGUCCAAGACAAGCCAGGCGUCGGAUCCGUAAAGGACAAGAAGAGAUAUGUUCCUGAGAACAAAGUCGCGAAUGUGAAGGCCAAGCCCGCAGCGUCAGUUGCAGAGUCCGUCCCAAAACCCAUCAGCAAGAAGUUGGCCCUCAGGAAGCCCAACGAAAAAGUCGCGAUCCCGGAGGAUCUCAAGUCUAUGGUGAAGAGAUCCUCUGACGGUACUACGUUUGACUGCAAGAUCCCUGCGAGAGAGCACAAGAAAGGUGAGCUGCUGCUCUGGGCCCUGAAGGAGAACCCCAAAGCUGUGAAUUUGCAGCUGCGCCUGAACCCGCUCAACACCAAGCAAGCCUUUGCAGGCUUCAGAUUUGCGCUCAGCUUCAGAGCCGGGACCCACCCGUUCAAGUACGGGGUCGGGCUUUGCGAUGCGACAAAGGAAUGGACAACAGGCAACGCCGGGGCGCGACUGGACAACUUCCUCGCCCUUGUCAUGAGCAGAGACCUCCACGCUGCAUUCCACGACGACGCCUCCAGCAACCCGUCGGCGACGCUAUCCAAGGUGGUCAAGGUGGUCCAGAGCGUCUUGUCGGCCAUCAGUUUCGGGACCGAGUGCAUCGUCUGCUCGAAGCCCUUCAACACCACGGUCUGGCGGCCCGUCGCCUGCUCGCCAGACUGCCGAGAGGUCAUGGCCACGUGGCCGCUGGAGCUCCUCGUCUCGCCGCUCCUGCUCGACCACCUGGCCCUCGACCUCUUGCUGGGCUGCAUCUACACCGAGCACUUUGGCGAGCGCGUGGCCGGCAUGGCCAACCUCCCGGCGCGAGCCAAACGGCUCAAGUGGAGCGACAUGGUGCACGCGCUCAACACCUUCCCCAAGCUGCACGGCGACAUGACCCUUGCGUCUAUAGAGGGUGCGGACGCCGGCAGCCCCGGCAGGCGCUCGGCUCUGUUCUGGCUCUCGUUUGCGUUCCCGGGCUGCCUCGUCUCGGCCUCGCAGGCGGCGACGGUGCAGUACGUGCCCACGACAUCGUGGCAGCCUGGGCAGCCAGAGAGCGAGCAGGUGCACCAGUUUGUGCUGCUCAACUCUACGGUGGAGCGCCAGGUGGCAUUCCGAGCCCGCGGGACGCAAGCCGGCGAGGCCUGCUUCCACGGGACACCUCACCAAAACCUGCUGCCGAUCCUGGCGGACGGGCUGCGCCAGACGAGAGGCCGGAUAACCCGGCUGGCUAUCGACAACAACCACCCGCCUGUGCCGUCGAGCCCACACUUGUUGGGAACUUCGUCUCCAUGGCUACAAACGACCGACAGCUCCGCUGUUUGGACACAGGCCCCUCUCGAUGAAGAGCCGUCAACUGCCGUCAGACGAAUCCUCCGUGCGCCUGAAGGCACGGGGUCGCGUCAGUGA